AUGGCUGAUAACCUAAUCAGCGAUGCUUUAACUGAAGCUGAGAGAUUACGCGAGGAAGAACUAGCUAGAGAAUUGGAGCAUAGUGAUUCAAAUGAAGGAGACACAGCAGACAUAUCAUUGGAAAUAGAGGAAAAUCUGCUUAAAGAUGAACCAGAGUAUGCGACAUUAACAAAUUAUGGUGAGAGUACACAAAAUACACAACAUAUUGAGACAUAUUCUGAAGAUCUUUUUAAGCAUAAAGAUAUAGACUUACCCAUCUAUAGAGAGCAGUCAGAUGAUCUAUUAGCAGCACAAACUGACACUUUUGUUGACGAUAAUGAUAAAUAUGAAUCCUAUAUUAAUGACUAUACAUUUAAUAAUCAGACAAUUGAAGAUUGUAAUAUAGAAAAUGUUAUUGAACAAAGCAGCAAUGAGGUGAAGGAAACAACAGAGACUACAGGUACAAGUGAUGAUCAGCAAAAUGAUAAUGAUAAUAAUGAUUAUCAAACUAUGGAGGAGAUGAGCGAAAGAGAAAGGGAGAAGAAAAGUAAAAAGGAAUUAGAAGAAGAAGAGAGAGAAAAAAUGCAAGUUCUGGUAUCUAACUUCACAGAAGAGCAAUUAAAUAGAUAUGAAAUGUAUCGUCGAGCUGCAUUUCCAAAAGCGGCAGUAAAACGGUUGAUGCAGACAAUAACUGGCACUUCAGUUGGACAGAAUGUUGUGAUAGCUAUGUCUGGUAUUGCUAAAGUUUUUGUUGGAGAAGUUGUUGAAGAAGCUCUGGAAGUACUGGAAAAUUCUGGUGAAGCCGGACCCUUACAACCGAAACAUCUUAGAGAGGCUUUGCGAAGGCUUCGAGUGAGGGGUGCAAUACCUCCUCGGAAAGCAUACAAACAUAUGUUGAGACUUUAA